AUGGCGCUGCAGGAGCUGCAAGAAGAUGAUAAAGACCACCAGCAGCAGCAACAGCAGCAGCAGCAGCAGCAGCAGCAGCGGGAAGGCAGCAGCGAGCGUGACAGUGGAGACAGCAGCGAAGAUGAGACUGCUGCAGCAGCAGAUGCUGCAGCAGCAGCAGCAGCAGCAGCAGCAGAUGCUGCGCUAGGCGCGCUGCUGCCAGCUGCUGAAAUCCCGAAGGAGAGAGAGAAGACAGAGAUACGUCUUCCUCUCCAUCCUGCUGCUGCUGCGCCUGCAGCAGCAACCGCAGCAGCACAAGCAGCUCCUGCAGCAGCAGCAGCAGCAGCAGCAACAGCGACAGCAUUACCUGCAACAGCAACAGCAGCAGCAGCAGCAGAACGCGCAACAGCAGCAGCAGGAACAGCAGUAGCAUCAACCCGGAGUCGCCUCGUUGGUUUCCCUCCUACAGGGGGCCCCAGCCCUCUCCCCAGCAACAGCAGCAGCAGCAGCAACAGCAGCAGCAGCAGCAGCAGCAGCAGCAGCAGCAGCAGCAGCAGCAACUUGUUGUUUCUGCGUGCAGGCUGGCUGCAGCGCCAGACACGGCAUACAAAACGUUUUGCUUUUCGUUUUUUGUUGCUGCAGGGUUCUGUGCUGUAUUCCUUUAAGCGUCUCCCUUUCUUGCGCAGCUGCCCCCUCAGCAGCAGCAGCAGCAGCAGCAGCAGCAGCAGCAGCAGCAGCAGCAGGGGUAUGGUGAGGGAUGAGGAUCUAGCUGCCUGGAUAGACUUUGCUGCUGCUACCUGCUGCUGGCAGCUGAGGGGCAGCAGAGUGGAGAGGUUUUCUUACGACAAGCCAACAGCAACAUUCAGGUGGUCUCUCAUCGCCCCCAACCUGCUGCUGCUGCAGCGCAUGCAGCAGCAGCAGCAGCAGCAGCAGCAGCAGCAGCAGCAAAAGGGGCAGCAACAGCAACACGCAGCAACGCAAAGACUCAAGACACGCUCCGUACCAGUGCAAACGAAACGACAACAGCAGCAGCAGCAACAGCAGCAGCAGCAGCAGCAGCUAGCUGGCAGCGCUGCAUGCUUUGCUGCACUCUCCCCGUCGGAACCUCCAGCAGCAGCAGCAGCAGCAGCAGCAGCAGCAGGAGCAGCAGCAGCAGCAGGAUGUACAGACACGAGUGAAGAUGAAGAAGGGCCUUUGGGUCCGUUUGCAGCAGCAGCAGAAGCAGCAGAGGCAGCAGCAGAGACAGCAGCAGCAGCUGAGAGUGCUGCUGCUGCUGCAGCAGCAGCAGCAGCAGCAGAGCGAGAGACAGCAGAAGCUCUUGCUGCAUGCACAGAAGAAGUUGUGUUUGCUGCUGCUGCAGCAACAACAGCAUACGACUGGAUGAGGCUUAUGGAUUGCUGCUGCUACCUGGGGGGCCCUGCUGAGGUGUACGUACACCCCAGCUGCGCCUCUCCUUUCUCUCCUUCUCUUCUUGAUGGUCUCCCUGUCUGGUUGUUUGCUGCUGGCUGGUUCUCUCUUGCUGCUGCUCGCUGGCAACGCGAGCAGCAAGCAGCAGCAGCAACAGCUGCUGCAGCAGCAGCAGCAGCAGCAACAGAUCCUCUGGCUCUAGCCGACAAGCAGCAGCAGCAGCAGGAUCUACAGCAGCAGCAGCAGCAGCAGCAGCAGGCUUUGAUACCUGCUGCUGCCUGGAAGGCGUUUGCUCCUAUACCAGCAGCAGCAUCAGCAGCAGCAAGAGCAGCAGCAGCAGCAGCAGCAACACCAACAGGAGACAGAAUGUUUGUUUCUCUGCGUCUCCUUGCUCUUUAUGAUUUGCUGCUGCCUGAAGGCUACGGCGUUUACUGUCUCCUUGAGUACCAAUCAUCUGUCUCCUUUUUUGGUGUCUUUGGGGGUCAACCUGCUGCUGCUGCUGCUGCUGCUGCUGCAGCAGCGACAACAGCAACAGCAGCAGGGGCGAGAACGUGGGCAGCCAGCCUGCACCAGCGCCCACUGCAGCAGCAGCUGCAGCAGCAGCAGCAGCAGCAGCAGCAGCAGCAGGCUGCGUCUCCUUCUCUCUUUCACAAAUGGUUUAAGAGAGCUACGGGUGGUUCUGCUGUCUCCUUUUGUCGCCGCUUGCUGCUGCUGCUGCCGCCUUGCUGCAUUUGUCUCCCUGUCUUCUAUCCUAGGCCUCAGGAGGAUUUGCUGCUGCACUUUAUUGCUGCUCCCCUGCAGCAGCAGCAGCAGCGGCAGCAGCAGCAGCAGCAGCAGCGGGUCAAGACAGCAAAGGAACGCGAAUCCAACAGCAGCAGCAGCAGCAGCAGCAGCAGCACGAUGGCAGCAGGAGAUGCUACAGCUGCACUUUCAUCUGCUGCUGCUGCUGCUGCUGCUGCGCUGCUGCUGCUGCUGCUGCUGCGCCUGCAGAACCUCACCCUCUCGAUAUGUCGUCGUCGUCAGCAGCAGCAGCAGCAGCAGGGCCGCCACUGCUGA